AUGUUGCCUUUGGAAAAGAAGUUAAGAAUAAGAAACACGUUAGUAAAAGUUAUCGAAAAUUACUUACGAGAAGAAAUAAAACCUUGUUAUGAACAUUAUCAAGAAGAAAAACUUACGUUAUUGCAAACGUUGAACACUACCAUAGAGAGCAAACUUGGAAAAUUUUUAAGUAUUACGGAAGAGAUUUCCGAAAUUAUUGAAGAGGAAGAUCAAUUAAUAAAAGAUGCUCAAGAAAGUAGUGACUUUGAAGUACGGGUAAGAAAUGAACUGCUAAUACUUGAUCGUUUCCUAAAAUCAAAACAAGAUAGAAGUGACACAGUCAGUACGAGGUCAGUUAGUGCUUCAAGCUCUAUUAAACUGCCAAAAAUUGAAAUAAAAAAAUUUGAUGGCGAUCCAACUAAUUGGUUUUCAUUUAUUGAUUCUUUUGAAACAGCAGUUGACAAAAACGAUCACAUGUCUAAUGUUGAAAAAAUGAAUUAUUUGUUAGGAUUUGUUGUUAAAGAUGCUGCAUCUACGAUAAGCGGUUUAAAACUGAGUAAUGAUGAUUAUGAGAUUGCUUUAAAUUUGUUAAAAGAUCGCUUCGGAGAUCCGCAAAUGAUAAUUUCAGGACAUAUGAAUAAACUAUUAAACUUGGAGCCUGUCAUGGCUAUUUCUGACGUUCGUAAUUUACGCCAAUUGUUCGAUAUAACUGAGGCGCAAGUGCGUAGUUUACAAUCUUUAGGAGUUGAAUCUCAAAACUUUGGCUCAAUGCUUAUACCUGUGUUAUUGCAAAAACUGCCAGGAGAAUUGCGUCUGAUUAUUAGUCGCCAACUUGGAAAAAACGCAUGA